CGGCCUCCCGACGGCCGCCGCAGCCAGCCCCGCGCCCUCUCCACCCUGCGCGGCAUCUCGGACGUCCGGAAUCCCGGCCCCCGCUCGAGGUCUGAAGAGGCGUCCCAGACGGGUAUCCUAGAGAGCAGUGGGUCGAGGCGUCCAUCACACAUAGUGGUACCAUGUAGGUCUCUCAUCCCGGCAUCGUCCUUGAGCCUGGGCAAGUUCGCACCCAGGGCCCGCCCAGCCUCACUAUGAGCCACGGCCCGAGCCCGCGGCUGGCCGAGUCCCCGCAGCUGUCCAAGAGCAGCCUGCUUACCAUCCUGGGUAGCCCGUCCCCCGAUCGCAUGGGCCCGGCCGACUCGCUGCCACCCACGCCGCCCAGCGGCACGCCGUCACCGGGGCCGCCACCCGCGCUCCCCCUGCCCGCCCCUGUCCUGCUGGCCGACGGCGACUGGGAGAGUCGCGAGGAGCUGCGGCUGCGGGAGCUGGAGGAGGCGCGCGCGCGAGCCGCGCAGAUGGAGAAGACGAUGCGCUGGUGGUCCGACUGCACGGCGAACUGGCGGGAGAAGUGGAGCAAGGUGCGCGCCGAGCGCAACCGUGCCCGCGAGGAGGUGCGCCAGCUGCGCCAGCGCCUGGACACACUCACCAAGGAGUUGGCGGGCGCGCGCCGCGAGCGCCAGGAGGCUCAGGGAGAGUGCGAGGCGCGCGGCCGCGAGCUGGCCCGGCUGCGGGGAGCGCAUGGCACCGUGGACAAGACACACGACGGCCUGGAGCCUGAGCGCGAGCAUGAGCCUGUGCGUGACGUCGGGGCGGAGAGGCCGCCUGGUAGCCAGGAGCUGGACCUCGUUGAGAGCCUGCUGAAGAGCAGACCAGAGGAGCCUGAGGGCUGCUGGGACGCCUGCAGUGUGGCAGCUGGGGGCUCUCGGGCCUGCCGCCAGGAUCGCAACCGCCUGCCCUGGGAAGACACAGCCGGUACAGAGGAGGAUGCCUCCAAGGUGACUGCCCUUCGGCUACGGCUGGAUGAAUCCCAGAAGGUGCUACUCAAGGAAAGAGAGGACAAACUGGCUCUGAGCAGAAACAUCGAGAAGCUGGAGGGGGAGCUCAGCCAGUGGAAGAUUAAAUAUGAGGAGCUGAGCAAGACCAAGCAGGAGAUGCUCAAGCAACUCAGCAUCCUAAAGGAAACACACCAGGAUGAAUUGGGCCGCAUGUCUGAAGAUCUGGAGGAUGAGCUGGGCGCGCGCUCUAGCAUGGAUCGCAAGAUGGCUGAGCUGAGGGGUGAGAUGGAAAGGCUUCAGGCAGAGAAUGCAUCUGAGUGGGGCCGCAGAGAGAGGCUGGAGACGGAAAAGCUGGGCCUGGAGAGGGAGAACAAGAAACUCCGGGCACAGGUUGGGGACCUGGAGGAGGCCCUGGCCCGCAGACGGCGGCAGAAUGCCAGUGCCCUGGACUGUGACCUGAGGGCCAGCCAGGCCGCUCUCUUUGAGAAGAACAAGGAGCUGGCAGAUCUGAAGCACUUGCAUGGCAAGCUCAAGAAGCAGUUUCAAGAGAAGGUGGCAGAGCUGGCACAUGCCAAUCGGCGUGUGGAGCAGCACGAGACGGAGGUGAAGAAGCUGCGGCUUCGGGUGGAAGAGCUCAAAAAGGAGCUUGCCCAGGCUGAGGAUGAGCUGGAUGAGGCCCACAACCAGGCCCGGAAGCUACAGCGGUCCCUGGAUGAGCAGACAGAGCUGAGUGAGAACCUCCAGGUGCAGCUGGAGCACCUGCAGUCCAGGCUCCGCAGGCAGCAGCAGAAUGCCCCCCUUUUCGGGAAGAUCCGCAGUACCCGAUUUGGCACUGAGGAAGCCGGAGAUGGAACCAGCGACCUAGAUGAAGAUGAGGACCUACAGAUCCAGGUGGCCUAGAGCCGUCCACUCAAACCAUUGGAAUUGUGCAGCCGUCCAUGCCUUCUUCACUCCUUGGGUCCCAUCCCCUGCUGCGGACCACUUCCUUCUCUCCCAGGAAGGCAGUGAUCUCACCUACUCACACCCCAUUGAAGGGGAGCCUGUUGGAUAUGUAUAUUGUAUAUAUGCCCAGGGUUGCUUGGACCGCUGGAUUUUAUAAACACAGGACAGCCAACGCCCAGGUCUGAAGACCCCACCUGCAUAGGACUUUAUGGACCAUGUUGAGGGAGGCAUGGUGGUCUGGCAGGGGCUAUUCAUAAUAAGAUACC